UUCAACAUAGUUUAUAUUUCACGAAUAUACCAUAUACCAGAAAAUUCAACCAAAAAAUAGAUUUAUAUUGUGUUGGAUUUUUGGCGCCGCGACCGCAUAUUUCAAAGGAAAUAUAUUAAACUUAUUUGAACUCAUAUUGACGCAAUUAGAUAGUAAUAAUGAACAAAGCUAAGGUCGAACGCGGUGAGGACGGACUCAUUAAAGGCAAAGUGAAGAGACUGUACCACCAGAGAUAUCGCGCCGAGUGGGAAAGAAACCCAGAGUAUUCGAGUUGGCUGCGCCCAAGCAAUGACGGUUAUUCUGCUCAUUGCCAAAUAUGCGACGCGGAUAUGUUGGCCAGGUUGGCCUCCGUCAAGCAGCACCACAACACCAGGAAGCACCAGGAGAGCAUUAAGUGCAACGCGUUCCUAUCAAUGAAUAUGAUUAAAAGCGAGCAUGGCAUUACCUUCGAAGCGAAGCAUAAACCAAAGGCUAAGCCCAAAUUCAAGCCAAAAAUGAAGGUCGCUGCAAAGAUAGAGCAAAUAGAGGAGCAGGAAAUGGUGUCCAACGAUGACUCCAUACUAGACGAUUUGCUCGGAAACGAGUCGCCGGAGACGAAAUAUGUAUAUGAAGCGGAACACGUGGACGGUACGGAGAUGCAGCAGGACUACGACAAUGUGACCGAGGAGAUGGAAGCCGAGGAGUUGCAUACGAAGCACGAAGAUGAUAACGGGAUGCGACUGGACGAUAUACAGGAAGUGUGCAUACCCGAGGAAAACAUAAUCAGCGAAUUCGAUUUGUUCGGCAAGAGUGUGGCGCUGCAGUUGAACCACAUGGAUCUGGAGGAUGCUCUGAUGUGCCAAGAGCGCCUGCAGGUGGUCCUCACCGAGUUUCGUCUUACAAUACUUAAGCGCAGUAGGGAAGCAAAACGCUCUGCAUAAUCUUACAUAUUUUUAUGUAUAUCUUUCUUAUGUUUUUAUGUACGUAGAAUAAUUGAAAACUGCAAAUGCUAAAUAAUAAUAACUAUUCCGCUUCUAUUUCGUCUAUAAA